AUGUCGAGUACCAGCACUGCUACCACCAUCACGGCCACAACCACUCCCACAAGCACUGUCAUCACCGACGCUCAUACGACUACCACGGACACUACCACAGGCACUGCGACGCAGGUGCCGGGCGCAGCCGGCGAGGCGAGCGCCGCCUUUGCCUUGUCGGGUACCUUGCUGGCGUCUUUCGGUGGAGCUGCUGUCGGACUGGUGGCUGGCUUUGGCACAUGCACCUGCCAUAGGUACCGAAGGCGGCAGCGUAAGAGAAGGCAGCGACUGGCAGAAGAAGCUGAAUUUCUGGAGUGCCACGAUGGCGAGGAGAUCACCACGCGAUUCGAGGUCGAAGGCGGCAAGAUGUACAUGUCUAUCUGCAGCCAUGUCACGUCGCUGGACUGGCUGCCCCCCGUCACGACGUCCACCCUGCACGGGCACAUCCGCAACCAGCACGGCAGGCAAGCGACCAUCCAGACGAGAAAGUUGCCAGAUCUCGUUCGGAUGUGCGAGAAGGCGGGAGUCCGCCACACCCUGCCAACGAGCUUCGGCAGGAACCAGCAGCGCCUGGCGGAGGAGGAGAAGGAGGCCGCAGAGGAGGAGGUGCCGCACGUGCCGUCCUCGCGGAGUUGCCAGUGGGCCAGUAAUGCCUAG